AAAGCUGCACUCAACCUCACAAUCCGGAUGCUAAUGGCUUCUUCUGUGGACGGUAGUUAUACAUGACAGUCGCCAGGCUGUAGACGUCGGCGGUGGCUCUUGCUUGAGACCGUGGUGCGAUAAUGGCUGCAAAUCGGGAUGCGAGCGAUGCAGCAGCCAUGGAGCGUCUGGCCAACCCAAACAAGAGAUCGAGAACGAUAGCCAACCUGACCGAAGAACAAGUUCAACACAAACGUCAGGUGGACAGGAAAGCUCAGCACGCUUUUCGCCAGCGAAUGAAAGACAGUAUCAUCAGCCUGGAGCAAGAGAACGCUCGUCUACAAGAGGCUUCCAGUCAGAGGGAAAAUGAGCUACAGCAGCAGAUAACCAUGCUGCGCGAGCGGGUUCGAAUUAUGUCUCAAUCCCUCGGGAAUAUCCUUGAUACUACCUCCACGGCACUUGGCGUGACGACCUCCGAAGAUGCCUUGACAAGCCGCUCUGAAGGUAGCCAAAAUGAUGGUUACGGGUCCGAAUUCAGGCAUGAAAUCGAAUCUAUACGCGAUCGGCUGGAGCAGAAUGGUAUUGUUGCUCCUUCAUCUGGAGUCCAGGGUCUACAGAUGGCAACUUCGCAUCCUGAUGAGGACACUAGCCGUAUGACCGUCACCGACUCAGUUGUUGCCGGCGGUGCUGCUUUUCAUCUGUCAGCGGGCAUUAUGCACGAUGAGAGAAGUCACCAGGAAAUCCAGCCUCGGACAAAUUCUAUGUCUAUGCACGUCAACGCGUGCGAGCGAGCCCCGGUUGCAGAUCCACAUAGUGCCGGUCCUCAUGAGACUCUGGUAGGCCGAGGAAGUUGGGCCUUCCAUCCAUCGCCAAAUGCAUCACAGAGCGCCAGUGAUGGGCACACAUCUACGACGCCAGUUGGCCAUCUUCUCUCUCUUGUGCGAUCAAGUGACUCGCAUCUCUCACUGGGUGGUGAAUUCGACGGGACCAUGAGCGAGGUGCCUCAAAACGAUCCUCCGGUAUCACUUCCGACCCCCAGCAGCACAGUAACCAUCAAUCGACCCGAUAUUCCCGAGCGGAGACCUGAAUCCUCACCCAGUCCUACCAUUUUCACCGUCACCCCUCCAUUUACGUCCCCCGUAUGUCCCUUGGACGACAUACUACUGAACUUUAUGAACUCUCGUAGAGCAAUGAUAGCGAAUGGUGAGCCUGUUCAAGACGUAAUUGGUCCGCAAAGGCCAACUCUUCGAAAGCUGCUCAAUCCGAAAACGGGGGAUCCCACUCAUGCUCUUGCUGGGCUCAUAGGGGAAAUCUUGUCGAAGUAUUUGACAACGAAAAUGGCGGAGAAGAUGACCUUCUUCUGGGUGAUGAGUCAGACGAUGAGGUGGCUGAUAUCGCGCGAUAAAAAGGAUUACCUCUACAUGCCGCCCUGGCUACGGCCUACCGCGAUACAGAUGACGGUACCGCAUGCUAUUUGGAUCACCAACAUUCCAUGGCCUGGAGUACGAGAUAUGCUAAUCGAAGAGCCUGAACGGUACCCUUACGAAGUUGUCGGUAAAUAUUACACCGAGCAUGUCACUGUGAACUGGGGCUUCGAUAGCCUUGACGCAGUGGAAGACGCCAAUGGUGAUGAGCGAAUACACUCCAUCUUCGAGAAGCACCUUCGAAAUCUUAAAAACUGGACGGUCUCACCUACAUUUCUGGAGGGGUUUCCUGCAAUGGCAUCAGCAAUUUAUGGUACAUGAGCGCGACCGCUUUUGUGUAGUUCGCGCCAGUCAUCGCAUCUGUUUAGACUGCACUGGGUGACAUCGGUAACCAGACAAUUGAUGACAGCAUGUCUCCCAAUGUUCUACUGGAGAUCUUAAUGGACUGGGCAG